AUGUCUGUCCCACCACAAGUCCAGAAGGUUCUCGACGACGUCGAUAAACAACUUCACGGUGACGGUCCUGUCAGUAAUGUCUUGGCAACAAUUGAACAGAAAUCUGGCGUUCGAAGACUGCACAUCGUACUUGCUGUGGCUGCUUUGCAAGCAUUGUACCUAAUCUUUGGUCAUUUUGCUCAGCUCGUUUGCAACUUCAUGGGAUUCAUUUAUCCAGCCUAUGUGAGCAUAAAGGCAAUCGAAACUGCAACAAAAGAUGAUGACACUCAGUGGCUGACUUAUUGGGUCGUGUUCGCUGUGCUUUCGGUUGCUGAAUUCUUCUCCCAGCAGAUUGUUGCCGUGUUCCCAGUGUACUGGCUGUUCAAGUCACUUUUCCUUCUGUGGCUCUACCUUCCGUCUACCAUGGGAGCGACCAAGAUCUACCACAAAGCAAUCAAGCCAGUUUUCGUGAAGCACCAUGCAGGUGUUGACCAACGUUUGAACCAAAUCGCCGACAAAGCGAGAGAUGGUGAGUGA